GGGCCCCGCCCCCUCUUGGUGGUCCCGCGCGCUGAUUGGCCGUCGACCUUCAAACUGGAGGCGCGUGCUCAACGGUUACCGCGCGCGCGCGCUCUCCACAAACUUCCUCCACUCACGGCCAAGUGCACAGUAACCACUAACUACUACUAUUAACAACUACCACUACUACACACACGGUCACCUGCACAGUAACCACUAACAACUACCACUAACAACUACUACUAUUAACAGCUACCACUAACUACUAUUAAUAACUACCACUAACAACUACCACUACUACACACACGGUCACCUGCACAGUAACCACUAACAACUACUACUAACAACUGCCACUAACAACUACUACACAGUACCACUGACAACUACCACUACUACACACACACGUUUCACCUCCACAGUACCACGACUACUACACACACGUGGACUAACACACGUUUCACCUCCACAGUACCACCUGUUACAGUACUACACACACGUGGACUAACACAGUCACCUCCACAGUACCACCUGUUACACAGUACUACACACGCGGCUUUGCACUUCAAGGAGAGAUCACUCACAUCGCCAUUCUCCGUCUCACCACCACCACCACCUCAGAGCGACGUGGAAGUGAAAGUGUGAAGAGAGUGGGAACCCCUACAAAGAUCCACGACUUCUCUACGACUGCUACUACUCGACACAAGCAUGGAGUGCAUGGAUGAGUUUGACCCCGAGGUGCCGCUGCGCGUCACCUACUGCCACACGCUGAGCCAGGAGGAGUUUGAGGAGCAAGGCUCGGCGCACACGAGCGCCGCGCUCGCUGAGCUGAUCCGCACGCUGGCGCAGCAUCCGCAGCUACACGCUCGCACGCUCAGGCGCCGACGGCAGGAGCAGGCCGAGGAGGCGGGCGUCUUUUCGUUCAUCAAGGCCAAGUUCUGCUUGCUGGUUCAAGGGGAGAACAACGAAUGCAGUACCGUGGGCGAUGAGGAGCUGCAGAGGGAGAUCGAGGCCCUUCGCGAGCAGAUGAAUCAAGCCUUCCAGUACGCGCAAGAGGCCAAGGACGGCAGACGAAGAUUCUCCAAGCGGCUCGCAGAAAAGCAGAGGAACUGCAUGCCCCCUCCCCCCACAACCCCUCCCCCCACAGCCCUUCCCCCCUUAGCCCCUCCCCCCACAGCCCCACCGCCUCCAGCCCCUCCCCUGCCCAAGGCUCAAGUACCUCUGAAGGAGAGGACCAAUCCCAUGGCGAAUGCAGUUGCUCAGACCCCAGAGCUGCUGAAGAGCUACGGUCUGACGAGCCUCAACAAAAAACGCAGUGUAGGGGAUGCAAAGACGUCGCGCAACGCCGGUGAAAGUCUGGCUGUGUGCGCCGCAUCAAACUGGCAAGACGAGCUGGUGUCGUCUUUAAGGAGCAAGAGGUUGAAGACAACCGGUGCAGUCAGGUCUCCAGGUGGCACUCCGGUGAAUGCGGCGGUGAAGGGGAGAGACUCCAUUAACAAUCAUAUGUCUCCUGCCUCCACGAUCAAGGCUGCGCUGAUUACCAAGUUCCAAAAAGUGUCGUCUCCUGCCAGCUCAGAUCGGUCCUGGUACAGUCUCAACGGCAGCUUCCUGUGAGCCAACACCACCACGGGCAGCGUCAGGGCUUAGGGCCUUGGGCUCCCGCAUAUUUUUACACUGCGAGUUGCGUUGAACGGCGUGGAUAUUGCAAAACGAAAAGAGUGCGGCAUCCUCAUGUGUGUUCUACGAGAUGUGGCUCCGAUCAGCUCCGUAUUCUUGAUUUUACUGUAAUGCUGUGCAUCUUCUUAAGGAUGAAUUGAACAUCUGAACGGAUUUUUUUAGUUUUUUGGGAAUUGUCAAAUUCUGCCAUUAGUCUGUAUGUGUCUUUGUUACAUAAAUGUCAAGAAAGAAUUAAAGCUUUCGUGACUGCAUAAAUUACUCAUUGGUUUUUUAGGUAAAGUCACGUAUGUAGAAAUACCACAAAAUGAUAUUAAAACA